UCGAAAAUUCAAGAUGGCGGGGGUUUUGUUCUUGAUAUCAAACGAGUGAACAAGAAAGGAAUUUUACCGGAAAAAUGUUCAAGAAACUAAAGCAGAAAAUUGUCGAGGAGCUAGAGGGAGAGCAGAGUCAAUCACCGUUACAAGGAAAUCAAGAUAGUUAUUCGCAGUCACCUUCUCGAGAGAGAAGGCCCAAUCGUUCACAAGAAAAUACGCCCUCACGACCUCCCACACAAUCCGGAGACAGAACUCCAUCAUCCUCUGAAGCUUUAGCUGCUAAUGGGGCUUCUAAUAAAGCUAAGUCUACGCCUCACGAAGUAUUGGCGCGUGUAAACCGAUUACUGGAGGCCGGUACACCUCAAGAAGAAAAAAAUGGUACUGCAAAUGAUUCCACCGGGCCACAAAGCACCAGCACUCCAAACAAGACUCCCAGUCRGCAAGAAUCCCAGGAUUCUGACACCCCUGGCAAGCUACAACAUGGUACUCCUGCUAGUCCUGGUUAUGGGGACAGGUCAGAUGCUGAAUCUGAGCCAGACCAUGGGCACAGUACACCAUCAACCACGAAGCUUGACAUGGCAACCAAGGAAGAGAUUAUCAUGUUGUAUAAGAAGCAAGAACGUACYUUAACGAGAUACAAAACAAGAUUCUCUGAGGUUGUGGAUGCCUUCAAGAAUUUACAAAAGGAGAAUGAAAAGCUGCAAGCCAACCUUGGACAAACCCAAGACAAAGCACUAAGAAGGAUCUCUGAGAUGAAAGAGACAAUAGAGUUAGAAAAGCAGGCCAAAAUGCAUCUGGAGGAAACCCUGAGGCUAUCCCUGGAUGAGAAGGAGGACAUUAUUAAAGCACUACAGACUCAGAAUUUGCUGCUCAAGCAGCAUGGAAGAAUGCAGUCUGAUUCAUCUGACCACAUUACUACAGACGCAACUCUUUCUGGUUCACAGAGUGAUGAAGAGAAGAUUGAAAGGCAAAAACUAGUUGACAGGACUGAUGGUCUACAAAAAGAACUUGAUAAUGCAAAGGAAAGCAACCAGGAACAGGUCUCACAUCAACUCAAGGAAGCCAAAUCUCUAAUUCUCCGACUGGAGCAAGAAAAACAAGUUGCAAUCCAAGACAUGAUGUCCAACCUACAAAUAACCCUCCAAGACAAGGACGAAGCUGUGGCGGAGUGCAACAAGAUCAAACAUCUCUUACAAGAACGAGAAACAACCAUUGAACAAAUGACGAAAGAAAAAGACGAAUUCUUCCAUAGAAUGGAAAAAGCCCUUGAGGAAUCCGAGAAGAAAAGACAAAUGUCCGAGUUAAAGAAAGAAAGAGAAAUGGAGGAAUUAAGAGCUGAGUUCGAUCAAACAAGAGAAGCGGAAGAUAGUGAAAGAAAGGCUUUGAUGGAGGAACUCAAGCGCGACAAGGCAGAAGUGGUAGCCUUGAUGCAGAAGGACAAGGAUAGCAAGUUAGAAGAAAUGAUGGCCCUGAAGGAUAGAGAGCAGCAAGAAGCUCUGGCAAGGAAAGACAAGGAAAUCGAUGUGAUUGUUGCCAAGAAAGAGGAGCAGAUGAAAGCUAUGUAUGAAGAAAAGGUCCGUGAGAUUGAAAUAGCUGUCGACGAAAAAGAACUUCAGAAAGAAGCAGCACUCAAAGAAAAAGAGAAAGAAAUACAUCAACUGAAAACKUUGAAUGAAGACUUAAUGAAAGUUAUGGAAGGAAAUAAUGAUGCAGCAAACCGUUUAAAUGAAAUGCAACAGAAGAUUGAACAAGAACAGGACAAGAUGAAAGAACUUGUACAACAGCAUAACAAUCGCUUGAAGGAGAAGCAGGAAGACCAUCAAAAAACAGUCAACAAACUAAAAAAGACCCACCAGAACAAGAUCAACGAACUCACAGAAGCCAUCAAAAAGGGUGAACUCAAGAUCGCCGAGCUUGAAAAGCAAAUAAAAUCCGACGAGGAAAAGCAUAAUAAAGAAGUAAUGGAGAAAACCAARCAGUUUGACAGCGAAAAGCAGUCAGAAUUAGCAAGGUUGUCGAAGCGUAUGGAAAGCAAAACCAACGAAAUGAAGAAAAUUGUCAAGGAAUUACGAGGAAAGUUAUCUGAGAAAGAAGAAGAAGCAAAGAAUUUGGAAGAAAAACUGAAAUCUUUCGAAGAAAAGGUGAACGUGGAAAAAGCGGAUAGAGAAAAACAGUUUGGAAAUGAACUGGACGCCAUGAAGAAAGCAGUCGAAGAAAUGCGUAAAGGAAUAAAAGAAAAGGAACAGACGAUAAAGGCAUUGGAAGAAAGCAAGACAGCAGAAAUGAAGACGUUAGCAAAUGAUUACGACCACAGACUCAAGGAAAAAGACCGAGAGAUCAUCGACUUCAAAGGGAAAUUUAAAGAGAAGGAUUACUAUGCUAAAGAAUUGGAAAAAAAGCUGCGAGAACUCAAAGAACAGAAGGAUAAASAACUAGAGGUGACGAGAAAAGAAGCGGAGAUAAAAGUCAAAGAAGUUGCUGAUCAGUACUGCAGUAAUAAAGAGGAAGAACUGAAGGUCAUGCAGUCUGAACAAGAAAAGGGCAAACAAGAACUACUGAUGAAAUUCGAGAAAAGUGAACGCGUGAACAAAGAGAUCRAGAAAUCUCUAGAAGAGGCGCAUCAAAGGGAGAUAAAUCUUAGAGAAGAAGCUAAAGAACUAGAUAAGAAAUACAACGAACUAAAGCAACAGUUUGAAAAUGAGAUACGAAAGUAUAAAGAAAAAAAACUUGUUAUGGAAGAAAAGUCUAUAAAAGAACUUGAAAACGUUAAGAAUAACUCGAAGAAGAAUAUAGAAGAACAGAAGAAGGCUUUUGAAGAGACAUUGAAGCAGUUGAGAGAUGAGAAGUUUAAGUUGCAAGAAAAGAUCAAGACYUUAGAAAAGGAAGAUCAUAAGAAAUUUGAAUCGACUGUUAGCGCGCUGAAAGAAGAAAAGCUAAUUCUAGAAGAGAAAAGAAUACUCGAAAUCGAAAAAAUACGGGCGCAACUGGAGGGGGAGUUGAACGAUAAAGAGAAAGAAAUCGAUAGCAGASAUAAUGAAAUAAAGGAUUUGAAGAACAAUUAUGAAGAACUGCGCAAGGAGCUGGUGUCGGAGAAAGAAAGUCACCAGAAAAGCAUGGAUGAACUUGCUAAUAACAUUACAUUAAGGGACCAGAAGAUGGGUAAACUGAAAGAACAACUAAAACAAGUCAUGGAAAAAUCUAAAAAGAAAGAAGAGGAACUUAGAAAAGAAAUCGAGAGAAUUGAUCAAGAAGGRAAGAGUUUGUUGUCUGAAGCUGAGAAUUCCUUCCAGCAAAAGUUACGCGAGAAAGAUGAAGAUUUGCGAGUCAAGAUGACGGAACUAGCUCAACUUCAAGAAGUUAAUGUAGACGAUAUUACGCAGAAUAUGRGCCUCUUGCACAAGGAGCAACUGGCACAGUUGGAAGAGAGGCAUAGAAAUGAAAUUGCAGAACAGAAUCUUGGUUGGGAAAAAAAGGUGGCGAGUGUGAGAAAAGAAGGCGAAACAAUGACUGAAGCGAUCAUAAACGAAGCGAAGGAAAAGGAAGACAAUUUACUUAGAGAACUUGAGAACUUAAGAAACGAACUCAAAAWCAAAGAAAAAUCUUAUUCACAAAGUAAAGAAGAGGAACAAGUCCAAAUGAAUAGUCUGAAAGAUGAAAAAGAUGCCUUGGAGAAAAAGGUAAGAGAAUUGAACGAUGAAAAUAAAGUUUUAAAGAAUAAAGUGACGAGUAUACAAAACGAAAUGGAUGCUAGGAUGAUGGAGAUGGUAGAGAAUCAUAGAAUUGAAGUCGAAGAGUUCAGGAUUGAGUCUGAGAAAAGGUUGGACGAAUUGGUCCAGCAACAUGAAAAUGAUAUGAAAAAUCAAGAAAAUCAAACKAACGAUGAGAAAAAUAUCUCUGAGCAAAAAGUGAUGGAAAUGUUGGAUAAUCAUCAACAGGAAAAAGAGGAGAUUCGAAAAGGUUUUGAAAAUAAGAUAGAAGAAAUAGYAUCAAAGUACGAGAAAGAGCUCGCCCACAUCAAAGACAUCCACGAUAAGCAGCUGUUAGAAAUGGAAAAGUUGAAGAAACAUCAUGAAUUGAAGUUGAAUGACCUUUCAGAAAGUCAUAAUAAGGAAGUUGGGGAACUGAAGAAUGCUUUGGAGAAGAGCCAGGAAACGUGUAGUAAAAGUGAGAAAAUGAUUCAAGAAAAUAUCGAAAAUUUAAAAAAGCAACAUCAGGAGGAAAACGAGGCAAUAAACAAAGCAAGAAAAGAUGAACUUUCAAGUUAUCAAGAACAAGAAGAUGCACUGAAAAAGAAGAUUCAAAAUGUGGAAAAAGCCCACGCGCAGAGAGUCGAAGAGCUUGAAAAUUCUCUUAAUGAAGAAAAAGGAAAACUUUCCAAAGCUCUCCAAGAGUUAGAGCAGUUAAGAGAAAAACAUUCCAAGGAAUUAAUAGAGCAGAAAAAAGCUCUUGAGAGCAAGAGUUCGGAGUCUGCUGAUGUAGAAAGUAAGCUACAAGAAGAACUGACAAAUCUGAAAGAUAAACACCAAAGGUUUUGUCAAGAAGUUGAAGAACAUAAGAAGAAACUUGGUGAAGAAGUUCAAAAAUUGAGAGAGGAAAUCCAARGAAUUACCAAAGAACAUAAUGAAGCUAUUGCCGAAAAAGACAAGGAACAACAAGAUAAGCAAGCAAUAUUUGCCGAAGUAGAGACUACGUUGAAAGACAACCUACAAAAGAUGGAACAUUCGUAUGUGAAAAAAGUUGAGGAUCUUAMAAAACAUAACGAUGAGCUCAAAGCCAAGUUCGAAGCUGAAGCAAAGCAAUUUAAARUCAAACUUGAGAAGAUUGAGAUGGAAUCUAAGCAGAAGUCGGACACAAGUGCUGCAGAUAUGGAAAAGAAAGURAAGACGUCAGAAAAGAAACAUGAGAAAGAACUAAAGCAAAAGGAAGAAGAAUGGAAGCACAAGCAAAGUGAAGUGGAAAAACGAUAUUCUGUUCAAAUAGAAAAUCUUCUUGUCCAGCAUCGAGAUGAGAUGGAACAGAUGAAACAAGGAAAAGAGUCUGAUUUGAAAGAAAUAAAGUCUUUACAUCAAAGACAAGUUGAAGAAAUUGAAGAAGCUGCCAAGACUAGAGUUAGUGAACUGGAAAGUAACAUGUCUGAACUGCAAGUGAAAUUCAGGAAGGCAAAAGAAAAGAUAAAAGCGAUGAAUGCCAGGAAUGAGGAACAGCAAGGAAAGAUAAAGCAAGUCCAAGAAGAGGCUCAUAAAGAGGUGAAUGUUUUACGCGAAAAGCUGAAAUCCUUGGAUCAAGAAAUGAUAGAAACGACGGACAGGUUGAACAAGCAGCUUCGGGAAGCUAGCGAGAGGRAAGAGGAGUUGAAACUCAAGAUUGUAGCUGGUGACAGCAAUAAUCAGGCUAUUGAUAUGAAGCUUACAGAACUGGCGAAAGAAAAGCAAGAUGCUGUUGAUAAUGCUGCAAAGAUGGAGAAAGAUUUAAAGAAACAGGUCCAUGACUUGAAGGCUGAGCUUGACAGCGAAACCCAGUUGCUUGAAGAUGAAAUGAAGCAGAAAGAACAAGAGUUUGAGGAGAAAAUCAAAUCUAUUGAAAACGAGAAAGAGAAAGCACUUGAAAAACAAGCUGAAGACAUGCAAAAACAAAGCCGAGGUAGGGUGGCAGAAUUAAAGAAAAAAGCUGAAGCGAAGAUUACAUCUGUGAAGGAGCAAUUAACACGACAGCUUGAAGAUAAAGUCAACACCAUUAAAAAGUUAAAAGAAGCAGAAGUCCAGGAGAAAAACCGCACAGAGGAAAUAAAACAGCAGCAUCUGAAAGACAUAGAAACCUUGAAGGAAGAGUUUGAGGUGAAGCUGAAAGAAGAAAAAGAGACACAAGAGCUCAGCGCCGGAGAAAAAGAAAAAGAACUGACACAAAAAGUAAAUGAAUUGGAAGUGAAAGAGAAGGAAAUGGAAGAAAAGAUAGAACUUUUGGUUGUUGAGAAAAUGGACGCUCUACACGAACAAGRAAACGCCUUGAAGGAAGAACAUUAUAACGAAAUUGAAGGACUCAGAAAAGAGUUAGAAACAAAGCAUGAAAGUGCUGAGAAGUUAUUUAAAGCUAAACUAGAGGAAAAAGAAUACGAACACAACUCUAAAGUGAAGCAGUUGUUGCGAGAGUUUCAGAUCAAGUAUGCUGAGAAAGACCGGGAGAUGCAAGACAUGAUGAGCAACGCUGUUGAUACAAGUCAACGAGAGGAGAGGAAAAUUAUCGACAAGUAUGAAGAGGAAAUUCGAGAGUACAGAAAAGAAUUAAAAAUGAGGGAAGAUGAGAUAGUAGCAUAUAAAAAUGAGAAUGACCAAAAAAUACGCGAAUUGGAAGGAGAGAAAGAUGAAAUAAAGAAGAAUUACGAAGAAAAAAUAAAAGAUGCUGAGCAAGAUUACCACGGUAAAAUAGAAGAAAUGGUGAAAAAGCAUGAGGAAGAUAUGGAGAACUUAAACCAAGAUCAUAAACAACAAAUUGACGAAUUGACUGAACGCCAUAAACUAGAGUAUAAAUCAUUAACGAGUGAACAAAAGUCCGAGGUAGCAGCCGUAGAAAAGAAACUGAAGACACAGAUGAAAAAGAAUCAGAAUGAGAUGAAGAARUUGUUGAACCAGAAAGAAGCUCUUCUGCAUGCACAGGGAGCUGUCAUGUUGGAAAGUGAACCGGGUCAACUACAUCGAGCGAKUUCUGCAUCAUCUCUUAAUGAUGGUGAUGUUGAUGCUGCUCAGGCCAUGUUACGGGACCAGAUUACAAGAUUGAAAGCUGAAAUUAGUUCAUUUAGAGAACGGGAAAAUUCUCUUCAACGACAGAUCGAACACCUUGGAGGAUCUCCCGUAAAAAGCAUCAAUGAGAGACCAGCACAAUUGAACGUGGUGUCCAACCCCCUCYCACCCUUUGCAGCUACCCAUAAUUCACCAGUCGAGGAACCAGUCCAAUUUGAGUACCUAAGGAAUAUCUUGUUUGAAUACAUGAUGGGGAAACAAAGAAAGCAAUUAGCAAAGGUGUUGGCUGCAGUUGUACAAUUCUCACCGAAGCAAGUCAAGCAGAUCAUGCAGAAAGAAGACGAAUUGGCAGCACAACAAAGUGGUGGAUUUUUAUCUCCUCAUAGAUGAUACUGAGAUUACCUAUAUGAGGGACGUGAAUCCAAAGAUCAAAUGACCUGGCUUAAAGCCUGUUCAGGAACACCCAUUUUAGUUUCAAAAAAGAAAUAUCAUUCGAUGACGUCAUUUGAUUGGCACGUGCCUCUGGCCAGGUGCCAUGCAUUUCAGCCAACUGGUACUCAGGCGCCCUGGUCUUCCUAUGAAUCUUGCGCGUCAAAUCGUAACUAGGGUUUAAGAAGCUUURGUCUUAGCGUCCAAAAAAUACCGCAAAUACUAAAAAAUACUUAGAGAUUUGUGGUAUAAUAUUUCAAAAUUGAUUGUUGCGUCACGUCAUUUUWAAAAUUUCACUGUCGAGAUAUUUCGAUGCAUACUGAAAAAAAACUAUGAUGUUAGUUGUGAGUUUAUGUUUAUUCGAGGUAUUUUCAACAUAGUGACCAUAGAAUUAUAAAUAUUAAGGUUGGUACCGUUAAACGCAGAGAUUUCUCGUGCAACUGUUUGCGAAGAAGCAUUGUUGCAGGUCGUACGAGAUGUUUGUUUGUUUAGUAUGCGCUUAAGGCGCGGACACGGUGCAACAUUGCGCGCAAUAUUGAAGGUAACGUUGAUGUAGUUAGGAUCGAUUUCUACUUCGCAGCGUCGAUUGCCUGCGACAUUGCGUGUGCCCGUAGCUUUACGCAACUCGUUUGCAUCUCUAAAUCGUUUCUUACGAGAUAAGCUGAGCAAUCUUGAAACAAUUUUCUGCGCGUAACAUUUCGCAACAGAAUGUUUGCGUGUAAACAUAACUUUCAACCUGCAACAGGUUUUUUUAACGAGACAAGAUGAAGGAUAAAUCUUUGCAUGUAGACAACGGUACAAAAUGAGUAUCUCCCUGGUAUCACGGGAAAUAUCCGUAAUUAUAAGUCAUUAUUUUGGCAUUCGGAAUUUACUUUAAAACUUCUCUUCAUUCGCCAUGUUUGUCUCCUAUCAAUUUUAUGUAACUGGUUCAWUAGUUAGGGUCAAAACUUAUAUAUAAUGAGAUUUCGUACGACUUUAAAAAAUUGGGGGCGUUGCUCCGUUUGAGCAUUUUGAAUGGACGAGUAUUCUGAUGUGUUCUCAGUAUUCGUAUAGCUGCAUGGAUAUCGUCAUUUCUAUGCUGUCUACCACAGAUCAUGUUUGGCUGUGAAAAAUACACGGUUUAUAUAUCGACGUGCAGUGACCAUGACUGUGACGGGUACAAUGUUUUCAUUGGCUUAGCACUGAUCUCGCUCGUUUUGAUUGGAUCGAAGGAUGUGGUCCAUUUCAUACCGUGACGGUUAUGAGUGUCCAGUCCUUUCACAGUCUUACGAAAUCUACUCUGUUCUGAUUUGAAAAAUCCGCGCAUGCAUUCUACACUUACCUCGUGGCAGCUUAAUCAAUCUCGUACCCAGAGCCUUUAUUUCUUACCGCGCAUGCAGUUUUAUUUCGUCGAGCAUGCGCAAUAAAAAAAUAAAGGCUCUGUUUUUGGUAACGAAUUCAUUUUGGGAAAACUAUUUUAUGGUGCAAGAUAAAAACAUAUUAUAACACAAAUAUAUAAAACACUGUAAAUUAAUUGUAUAUUAUUAAUCAAAAGGCAGAAAUAAAAUCAGGAAAAUUUGAUUUUUA